GUGUGUGUGUGUGUGUGUGUGUGUGUGUGUGUGUGUGUGUGUGUGAGAGAGAGAGAGAGAGAGAGAGAGAGAGUCCGUGGAGAAACCCGUUAUCGGCGGUGGUCUUCAGAGCUUCAGUUCUCCUGCCUGCUUCAGCACUGAACCUGCCGGAAAGCUCACGGAUUAAACCAGUUUACAGGGAAUUCCGGUUUUCUUCCCUUCUUUUGGGGUUUUUUUCUUAUUAUUCAGUUUCAGGAAUCCGGAGUUUAUCCGGAGUUUAUCCGGAGUUGGAGAAGUUGGAGUGUUCCGGUGGCUGAGAUUUUGGACUUGGAGCGAAAAGUUUUUUUCUUCUCCUUUCAUUCUUCCUUUUCUUCCACUUCAUCUUCUCCAUCAUCUUCUUCAUCCUCAUCUUCUUCUUCAUCAGGAAGCGGGAUUUUUUUUUCCAAGAAGGAGUUUUUUUUUUCUUGAGGAUCGCGCGACCGCAGCAACUUUUUUUUUAAAGGAAAAAAGGAAGAACGAAGGGAAAAAAAGUGGGCAUGUAGCGCGCACAGCACGCUCCCAGGAUCCCACGUCCUGUCCACCCCUCAGCUUGCUCUCGGAAUGGGACUUCACCUCCCCAGAGUGCACUACUUCACUGGGGGGUGUGGCCAUCCCUGGGCAGGACAGACAGCAUAGACCCGCUGAAGUAAUUCUUUUGACCCCCUGUGACCUUGGUGUGAUCCUGUGCAGCCAUGCCUUUCAGGCUAAAGCUGCCUCGUACAAGGCGCUACAAUGUGCUGAGCAAAAACUGCUUUGUGAUUCGGAUCCAGCUGCUGGACAAUCACAUGAUUGAGUGCACGCUGUCUGUCGAGGGGACGGGUCAGGAAUGCCUGGAAGCAGUCGCUCAGCGUCUCGAGCUGAGAGAGACACAUUAUUUCGGCUUGUGGUUUCAUUCUAAAGCUCAGGUGCAGAGGUGGGUGGAGUUGGAGAAGCCGCUGAAGAAGCAGUUGGAUAAAUUCGGCAACGAGCCCAUGCUGUACUUCGGGGUCAUGUUCUACGUUCCUAACGUCUCGCGCCUUGAGCAAGAGGUCACCAGGUAUCAGUACUACCUGCAGGUGAAGAAGGAGGUGCUCGAUGGACGUCUUCACUGCACAGUGGAGCAGGGCAUUCGACUCGCCGGUCUCGCUGUCCAGGCCGACUUCGGAGAUUUCACUCAAUAUCCGUCUCAGGAUUUCCUCAGGGAAUAUGUGUUGUUCCCAGUGAACUGGCCGCACGUUGACGAGGUGCUGGAUGACUGGACUCAGAAAGUGGCAGAAGAACACAAGAGUCACUACCAGAUGCAGGCUGCUGAUGCAGAGCUGCUUUACAUUAAAGAGGUGGAGAAACUGGAUGGAUUUGGGCAGGAGACGUUUGCGGCUAAAGACAACUACACAAACGACAUCUUCAUUGGCGUUUCAUUCGUCGGAAUCUUCGCCAAGCACAGAAACGGGAGAUCGCUCAUGCUUCACCGGUGGAAGGACAUCGGGACCAUCGGGCACAACAAGUCGGCUAUCACGGUGGAGAUAACCAGCAAAGACGACACCAUCAUGUUCCACAUGGAAGAUAUGGAGAUGGCAAAGUACAUUGCACGCCUCUUCACCGCCAGACACAAGUUUUACAAACAGAACAAGAUCUGCGUCGAGCCGACCCACUCUCCAGUCACAAUUCGGAGAAGAUCCACCUGGAACAGGAGGCAUAGACCACAGUCCUGUAUUGCACAUUCUCAGUAUCAGGAGACGCAAAGCUCGCAAGACAGCAUCUUCCACGAAGACCCAUACUGUAAGUCAGAGACAAAUCUGGUGGAGUUUAGUUAUCGGAACGGCCUGGUUCCUAAUGGCAGCAUGUGCAGCAGCCCAAGCGUUAGCUCCCUGAACCGCUCACAGACCUUCAUUCACUCCUCGCCAUUGUCUUCAAGCCCCAGCAUUCCGGGCAGUGAGCUCAUGCGGCCCGACUUUAUCCCCAGCCACCGACACUCCGCCAUCAUCCCUCCUUCCUACAGGCCCACACCCGAAUAUGAUGCAGUGAUGCGACAGAAACGCUGCCUUCUCCAGAACACGCACACCAUCGACUGCCACAGCCAAUCAUUGCGCAGCCUCAAUAUCAGCAACACGUAUGUCUACCGCCAACCAUCACUAGUGUACAGCCAGCCAGAAAUGCGUGAACAAGGCCCAUACCACACACCCUACGGUGGUGGGGGAGGCCCUCAGACAAUAUACGGACUUCAUGCCGGCCCCUCCCAGCCUCCUCAGGGCCAAUUAGUACAUUCUUCAACAGCUCAGCCACAAACCAGCACCCCAAAUGGCAUCUCGCAUACCGUCAGCACACCAGAGCUGGCCAAUACUAAACAGCAAGUGGUUAACAGGACUACCCAUGUGUUUAGGAAUUACCAAACGAGGCCUCCACCCCCUUACACGGCAUCCUUUAGGCCAGCUACCAGCACACCAGAUUUGGCGAGCCAUCGGCAACGCUGCAUCGGGGGCUCUAGUCCGGAACUGGUGACACGUAAAGUCCAGCUGUCAGUGAAAACCUUCCAGCCGGACAGCUCAGCUGUAGUGCACCAGUCGCUACAAGAAGUCAGUGAGCCACUUACGGCCAUGAAGCACCGUUCCACUCUUGCCAAACGACACAGUAUGGAAGUUGCAAUGGUACUCAAGGGAGCCAGUGUAGCCCCCUUGCCUCGACGGAACACACUCCGAGAACAAGUGCCACCCCUGAUCUCUCCUCAGCAGGCACAGGUCCCACCUCCACAACCAUCUCAGCCGGCUGAGGUGCAAAUGCCAGCCCAGAAACCCUCUAACACUGACCCAAAAUACCAGCAUCAGAAAACGUUCUCUAAUGUCACCAUGCUGAUUCACAGCAGUGAGAGCGAUGAGGACGAGGAGGAGUACACACCUGAGCUUGACGUUCACAUCCCUGGCCUGAACGAGGACAUCAGUGCUCAACUACAAGCAGCACUUGCUAACAUUCCUAAUAAACCUCCCCCAGAGUACCCAGGACCACGGUCGAGCAGCAGCAUCGCACUAAGGCACCACAACCAGGUACUUCAUAACCUAUGCUUUGUUCCUGUUGUUAUGCAAAGCUUUCAAAGGACUAACCAUGUUUCAGCAUAUAAUUCCAAUCCUAUUUCUUUAAGCAUAUUAUUAUGCUGUUGUAUAUGGAUGCAGGACCGGAGCCGAGGUUCACCAGAGGUGGCACAGAUACCUCCACAGGUUGAUACCUAUGCAGGGGGUCAUUGCGGGAGGCAGAGUCCGAGCCGUAUGGAGCCUGUGAGCCUAAGCGGGGUGACGCUGGGACCAUCCAUCUCUGAGCCCGAUCUCACCAGCGUGAAGGAGAGAGUGAGGAAAGAGCCAGUAAAAGAGAGACCUGUCUCUGAGAUGUUUGCCAUAGAGGACAGCAUUGUGGAGAGAGAGAUCGCACAGAGGACUUUGGAGAGGCAGAAGAAUGCUGUGGACUCGGUGAAGAGUCCUUUAAUGAUGGCCGCUCUGAACGGACUCUACAGUGGUCGGGCACCCAUCUCGGUAAACACUCGCGAGGAUGUCUCCAGCAAGGCCAACACGGACGAAAUGUGUAAGCAUCUCGAGCUGAGGCUGGAGGAGGAGCGCCUCUUUGCAGAAUACGAGCAGAUCCCUAAAAAGCGAGCCGAGUGUAACCUGGGCAUGGCCACGCUACCCGAUAAUGCUGAUAGGAACCGGUUUCGAGACGUGCUUCCGUACGACGAGAAUCGAGUAGAGCUGGUCCCGAACAAAGAGAACAACACGGGCUACAUUAACGCCUCCCACAUCAAGAUGCUGAUCAGAGGAGAGGAGUGGCACUACAUUGCAACGCAGGGCCCUCUUCCCAACACUUGCCACGAUUUCUGGCAGAUGGUCUGGGAGCAAGGGGUCAACGUCAUUGCCAUGGUUACGGCGGAGGAGGAAGGAGGUCGUUCUAAAAGUCACAGGUACUGGCCAAAACUUGGCUCCAAACACAACUCGGCAACGCACGGCAAGUUCAAGGUCACCACCAAAUUCCGCACGGACUCGGGUUGCUACGCAACGACGGGGUUAAAGGUCAAGCACUUGCUCUCUGGGCAGGAACGCACCGUGUGGCACUUGCAGUAUACCGACUGGCCCGAGCAGGGCUGCCCCGAAUAUGUGCAAGGCUUCCUCGCAUAUUUGGAGGAGAUCCAGUCUGUGCGUCGUCACACUAACAGCAUGUUGGACGCUUCAAAGAACCCCAAGCCGCCGGUCGUGAUUCACUGCAGCGCUGGGGUCGGACGCACAGGAGUCGUGAUUCUCACCGAGCUCAUGAUCAGCUGCCUGGAGCACAAUGAGAGGGUGGAGGUCCCGGUCAUGCUAAACCACUUGCGACUGCAGAGGAUGUUGCUGGUCCAGACAGUGACUCAGUACAAAUUUGUAUACCAGGUGCUGAUCCAGUUUUUGAGGAACACCAGACUCAUCUAAGUCAAACUCUGUGUGUUUUUGUUUGUCAAUGUGUGUUGCUGUUGUAUGUAGUUGUUGUUGUCUUGCUACCUUUAACUCCUGACACUCAGACUGAAACACUGGACCAGCAGAACAUUGGCUCCUCAGUAAACCAGUGGAGAAACGUCAUGAUUCUUUCAUUUUUUUUUGAAGAACUCACCCUCUUGUCAUUUUCUUUGACAUCUUCUCGCUCUUGUAGCUACACCAUCUAAAACCCACGAGUCCAUACAGAGCUUUAUUGUACAGUAUAAAGCUCCACUUCUUGAAGAAGAAAUUAUGAGUGGUUUUGCUUCCUUAAGUACACGAUAUGGAUAAAAGUAUUAAGACACCUGACUUUCAUAGCAGUGUGUGGUUCUUCACAGCAAGGGAUGUACACAAUUGUUUACGACGUCUUUGGAUGUGGGAGCAUUACAUUUUUCCCUCUGACCCAAUCCUGGUCCAGCAUGAUAAUGCUCCUGCUCCAAUAAUAUCUGCUUUUCAUAGGUUGGUUGAGGUGGAAGAUCUCCUGCUGUGGACGUCCAACCCAUUUGAGCACCUUUGUUAUAAAUUGGAGUGCCACCCCAGGCCUACUUACAUCACCUACAUACUAUUUACUAAAGCUCUUGUGUUUGAAAAAGCACAAAUCUCCCCCUAACCAACAUAAAAUCUAGUGGAACAUCUUCCUCGAGCUCAUUAUAAAAGCAAACGGGGACUGGAUGUGGAACGGAGAUGAUAAAAAAUAUUUUUUUAACUGUACUUUUUUUUUUUUAUAUUUAAUUUUCUUAUAGAUCUAUUUUUUUAUUUAUUAUUUUCCCUGUGUCGAGUAACAGAAACGAAAGCUUUUCGAAAGCAACAUAUUUUGUCUUUCAAUAACUGUCCACGACAUCGACUUACAACGUGAAUAUUUGCUUGAUUCCUUCAGAAAUGUCCCGUUUUGAUACUUUUUGCAAAAACGGGAUGUGGACGAAAUCGUGCCAGAAGACAUGUCCCAUCAAGAUAAAAAAAAUUAGCAUUCAACAGUUUCUUUCUAAAGGGAAAACCAGGAGCAAAUUAACACAGCGACUAUAUAAUAAAUGGCCCCCCACCCUCCAACAAACACAACCCCCCCAAGCCUCAAAGCCACCAUUAAAUUCAUUAGUUUCGUAUAGUUUCGUAUUCUGCACUGUACACAUAGUAAUUUAAGGCUAAAUUAGUGUAUGACUCUGUGUUAUUGAUGUGUGUGUGUUUAAGUUUUGUGUUGUGAGGCCUUGGCUUCUGUAGCACCCAGCGCUCAGUGUGUGUCUGGGUUUAUCGAAGAAGUGAUCGUUUAUUGUACUUCCUUUUCUUGUAGUUUGUGUUUGCUGUAAAUAUUCCGUGUAGGGAAACUGAGCCACAUUUCCAAUAUGUUCCCUUUGCAGUGCACUGGUGAAGUGCCCUAAACCAGUGUAUUAGUGCCUUACUGAACACACACAAAAUCUGCAGCGACCCACAAUACAAUAUGCAUAAACACACACAAUACAUAUACGCAAUACUCUACUCAUAUAAACCCUUCUACUCAUACACACUAUACACUACUCACACACAACACACUACUCACACACAAUACACUACUCACACAAGCAAUACACUACUCACACACAAUAAACUACUCACACAUAACACACUACUCACACACAAUA